ACUGCUACUUUCAUGAUGGGUAUUGAGUGACAUCCACUGUAACGUGAACUUGUAGCAUUCAAAGCUGAGAAAUAGCUACCAGCUUUCGAUCAACAUUGAAUUAAAUUUGUAAGGUGACCUAUAAUGCAAUGUAUGGAAAACUUGGAGAAGGUCAGUUUGGUGCUGUGUACAAGUUGGCGAUCGGUGGUCAUGUAUAUGCUCUGAAGAAACUGAAGGAGGUGUCCCACCUGGAUGGUAAACGUCUCGAGGGAGAAUUACGGACACUGACGAUGUGCGCUGAUCACCCUAAUAUCGUAAAAGUGAUUACAGCGCGGAUUGAUGUUGAGAUUAAUAUUCAAAUGGAGUACUGUAACCUUGGAACACUGAAUGACUAUGUCAUAAAAAACAGGCCAGGAGAGGGAACGUUAAAUUAUUUCAUGCUGGACAUGGCACGGGGUAUUCACCAUCUCCACAGACAAAGGAUCAUCCACAGAGACAUCAAACCCAGCAACGUCCUGCUGGUGGCCCGAGCUCAUCAUAUACCCACCUGCAAGAUUGCUGAUGCGGGACUUGCUCGUUUGACCUUUCCAUUUAGUAACCUGGCAACCAUCUCCUACACCUACUACAUGACUACCGGCUUGUGUACCCCUCUGUAUGUCGCCCCUGACGUAUUCACAGGUCAUUAUUCCACAGCCAGUGAUGUUUUCUCUCUUGGAGUACUCUUCUACGCCAUGCAUUCUUUGCAGACCUUCCAUGUAAAGAAUAAAACGUUACUGUACCCAGUCCUCCCACAAUCAAAUGGGAUGUUUCAUUGUGCAAGCCAAGAGGAGAUCAAGAGGGCAGUCAUGAUGCAUGUGUUCAACGCACAAAAAGCCGACAUGGUGAGCUCGAUGCUGGAGUUGCAGCUAUGGUCUCGACCUGGAGCCGACUCAGUGGAGUCUACUAUCAAUUCAUUACUCAGGUUCACUAGGAAACAUGACUCAUGUAACUUGGUUUAAUUUCUCUUGAAAUACCAGAACCUUUUACAGGGAAUUGGACUGCCUGGGGCAUAAUGGCAAUGCAAUGAAACUGUUACAGUGGUUUUGACGAUUCAUUUUAUUCAUUCUGAUUCAUACUGUUACAUCAAAACUGCUUGCUUUCCUUAGAGUGGAAGAAGGGAGGACAGAAAUGGAGGGAUGUUGUGAGAGUGAGUGAGUUAAGUUUUACGCAGCUUUGAGCAAUACCACGGCGGGGGAUACCAGAUAUUGGAUACGUAUAUUACCAUACAAAAUAUGUACACGGUUACCAUUACAGUACACGAAUAUGUGUUUUAUUCCAGGUGUGUUAUUGUUUAUAUAUUACUUCAGUGUUUAUGGUAUCACAGGUAUCAAACAUGUAUUUGCAUAUGAAUGUGUGCACCAACGAUGUUAAUAUUGUCUGUAUGGCUGGUAUGUGUGUGUGUGUGCGUGCGCGUGGGUGCGUGUGUGUUUUGGAGUGGUUUUUUUCAUGUUCUCAAUGUUAUUUUAUGCUUUUAUUGGUAUCUCACAACCUAAUUAGGGUGGCUCAUUGUUGAAUAAAAAUAGGAUUACGAGGUUUGUACAACCGGU